GCAGGGCAGGGGGAGGUGGCCGGGGGGUGCGCGGAGGGCCGGGGCAGGGGGCGUGCUCCCCGGCCGUUGGCGAAGGGAAGGGGGAGGCCUGGGGAGGACCUCGGCGGGGGCCAGGGAGUGUCCCGGGCGGGUGGGGAGGGAGGAGCUGGAGCCUGGAGCAGGGCCGGGUCCUCCUCCGCUGUCCUGCUGCCAGCUCCCCUUGGCAGCUCCCUCCGGUUCCCAGCCCCUUCCCGAGCAGCAGACGGCCCCCCCGGGCGCCUGCCAUCCCCCCUGCCUGCCCAGCCCUGCUGCCUUCCCUGCCCCUGACUCCCCCUGUGUCCUUGUGCUCCUCGUCCCCUUCUCCUGCCCAGAAAUGUCUUUAACUCCCGCUGUCGUUUCCCGCCCGCACAGACCAAGAGAGUCCCGAGGAGAUGGUGACAGUGAAGCCUGAGAAGGGCGAAGGAGAUGCCAGCAGUAACAGCAGCACAGGCGGUGGGGAGGGCCAGCCCUGCACGGUGCCCCCAAAAAUGUGACAGCUCCCCCACUCCCAGGAAACACCGCAGCCCCAGCUGGCCCUACUCCACGACGGGAUGCCCAGAGACAACUGUACUUCCCCGGGGUUGUUCUCCUGUGGGGAGGAAUCACAGCCUUCCCCGCUGGCUCUGCUGGCAGCCACCUGCAGCAGGAUCGAGUCUCCCAAUGAGAACUCCAACAGUUCCCAGGGCCAGCAAGGCGGGAGCGGUGAGCUGGACCUCACAGCCGCCGCCGCUCAGAUCGCCCAGUCCGCCAACGGCUGGCAAAUCAUUUCUGCCGGCUCCAGCACGCCGACAGCCUCCAAGGAGCAGGGCAGCAACGGCGGAGAUGCCUCCAAAAGCCGGCCCGUGAGCGCGGGGCAGUACGUGGUCACAACCGCUUCCAACCUGCAGAACCAGCAGGUGCUCACGGGCCUGCCGGGAGUUAUCCCGAACAUCCAGUACCAGGUCAUUCCCCAGUUCCAAACCAUUGAUGGGCAGCAGCUCCAGUUUGCCACCACUUCUGCCCAAGUCAACGUGCAGCAGGAUGCCUCUGGUCAGCUCCAGAUCAUCCCCGGCACAAACCAGCAGAUCAUAACGAGCCGAGCAGGGACGAGUAACCUCAUCGCCAUGCCAAACCUGCUGCAGCAGGCCGUCCCCAUCCAGGGUGUGGGCUUAGCCAACAACACCCUCUCAGGGCAAACUCAGUAUGUGGCCAACGUCCCCGUGGCUCUGAACGGCAACAUCACCUUGCUGCCUGUCAACAGCGUGGCCACCAGCCUGGCCCCCACCUCCCAGACGGUCACGCUGAGCAGCUCCGGCUCACCGGACAGCAGCUCCCAGCCAGCCACCUCGGGCACUGCCAUCAGUUCCACCAACACGGCCACGUCUCAUGCCAGUUCCAGCGCCUAUUUUACCAACGCCAACAGCUACUCCACCACCACCACCACCAGUAACAUGGGCAUCAUGAAUUUUUCCACCAGCACGACGGUGGGAACCAAUGUCCAGGCGCAGACGCCCCAGAGGGUCAGCAGUGUCCAGAGCUCAGACUCUCUGCAGAGCCAAGUUUCUGGGGUGGCUUUGCAGCCAGGGCAGCAGAAGGAGGGGGAUCAGAGCCAGCAAUCGCAGCAGCAGCAGCAGAUCCUGAUCCAGCCGCAGCUAGUCCAAGGAGGGCAGGCCAUCCAAGCCCUCCAGACCACCCCUCUCUCUGGCCAGACCUUUGCCACUCAAGCCAUCUCCCAAGACGCCUUGCAGAACCUGCAGCUCCAGGCUGUCCCAAACUCCGGGCCCAUCAUCAUCCGAACGCCUACGGUGGGUCCCAACGGGCAGGUGAGCUGGCAGACCAUCCAGCUCCAAAACCUUCAGGUUCAAAACCCCCAGGCUCAGACAAUCACCUUGGCCCCCAUGCAGGGAGUGUCACUGGGGCAGACGGGCAGCACCAGCACCACGCUCACCCCCAUCGCCUCCCUCCCCAGCGGCACUGUCACGGUCAACGCUGCCCAGCUCUCCUCCAUGCCAGGCCUCCAGACUAUUAACCUCAGUGCCUUGGGAGCGUCUGGGAUCCAGGUGCAUCAGCUGCAAGGGCUGCCACUGGCCAUAGCGAACACUGCCGGUGACCACAGCACUCAGCUGGGUCUUCACGGCACGAGCGGAGACGGGCUGGGAGACGAGAAUGCAGCUGUGGAGGAAGGAGAGACGAGCCCGGACCCGCAGCCUCAGCAGGGACGGAAAGUGCGGAGGGAAGCAUGUACCUGCCCCUACUGCAAAGACAGCGAGGGAAGGAGCUCUGGGGAUCCAGGUAAAAAAAAGCAACACAUCUGCCACAUCCCGGGCUGCGGGAAGGUGUACGGCAAAACCUCUCACCUGCGGGCUCACCUGCGGUGGCACACCGGGGAGCGGCCCUUUGUCUGCACCUGGAUCCUCUGCGGGAAGCGCUUCACCCGGAGCGACGAGCUGCAGCGGCACAAGCGCACACACACAGGGGAGAAGAAGUUCGCCUGCCCGGAGUGCCCCAAGCGCUUCAUGCGGAGCGACCACCUCUCCAAGCACAUCAAGACCCACCAGAACAAGAAGGGAGGCGCGGCCAACAACGUGGCCAUGAACGUCUCUGCCGUCCCCAUGGACACGGGGGCCUCAGCGGAGGGUAACGGCGGGGCCACCCCCUCGGCCCUCAUCGCCACCAACAUGGUGGCCAUGGAAGCCAUCUGCCCCGAGGGCAUCGCCCGCCUGGCCAGCAGCGGCAUCAACGUGAUGCAGGUGGCCGACCUCCAGUCCAUCAACAUCAGCGGCAACGGGUUCUGAGGGCGAAGCGGGACGUGGGCACCGGCGGGCGACACGGCGGCGCCGGGCGGCACAGGGCCGAGAGGCAAGCGGAGACGGAGACGGGAGCUACUUUCACCACGAGGGCGGCUCUCCCUUGUCGCCCUCCAGCACUAAAGCCCAGCUCCUCUUACCUGGGAUCGCAGCCCUCGAGCUGUCCAACCUCCGGGGCCCGGUGACCACACACGAAGGCCAGAGCUAUAUAUAUUUUUUUUUUUUUUUUUAAUUUCGGCUUGACCUUAUUAUGAUUAUUUCCACGCCCCCUCCCUCCCUUCCUCCACUCCCCCCCCCGAGAUCCGUCUGCCCCUCCGUAGCUAGCCUUCAACGCCAUCAUGCCUUGGUAAAAGUAUACAAUUCUUGAAAUACUUUUUAGCAAAAAAACCACAAACAAACAAACAAAAAAACCAAAAAAAGAAAAAGAAAAAAAAAAAGAAGAAAAAAAGAUUCUAUAUUAUUAUUAUAUAUAUAAAAAUAUAAAAUGUGUUUGUUUGAGAGAGGAGAGAUUUUGCUGCGACCAUGGCUUGGUCUCUUUGAUGCCUUAUUUUGGAGCAGGUUGACCCUCUGGGGCAGUUCAGACAGUGCCUGAGCUGUCUUUCAGACCUUGUAUUACAUUUUACAUUGUAAUCUUAAAGGAAAGAAACCACCCCAACUCCCCUGGCCUUUUUUGUACGCUUUGCUUUUAGGUUGUUCUUUAAUUUCUUUGUAAUUAUUUGGUGAGGGUUUGUUUUUUUGUUGUUUUUUUCCGACACCACCCCCCCCCCCCCAUCUGCCCCUUGUAAAAACAGCUGCCCUCUCCUUGCUCUUCACUGGACUUUUUGAUCUUUAUUUUCCAGCCAUCUUCUUUGCGAAGAUCCUUUUCCUUUGGCUUUUCUAAUCCUCGCUCUGGCAGGCUGAGCGGUGACUCUACACGUGGAAUCGAUUUGUUAAAGGGUUUCGUGCAGGUUCACUCAAACUAUUCAGCAGAGGGUCUGGGACCCGGUACGGUGGGAGACGGCUCGGGAGGUCCUCGGGGAAAAUGUCUAUAGUUUGGGGUUUUUUUCCGGCCGCUGUUGGUCUUAAGAAUAAUAAUAAUUACAGAAAAUCAGCGCCCGCAGAGCUGGUCAGUGGAAGACGAUGCUCUUCCACCCCGGAGAGGUCCCAGUGGCGAGGGUGAAGCAUGGAGGGGACACACGAUGGGGCCGUCACCUCCUGGGUUUUGCUGUGAGGCUGCUGGAGGUGGCUCCUCGUGCUUCCUCCUUAAAAAAAAAAAAAAAAAAAAAAAAAAAAAAAAGAGGAGGGGGUGUUGGAAAUGGGGACGGUUCCAGGAAAACCCUUUUGGUUUUCCAAUGCCCAGCUUUUCCCACCCUGGGAGGACCAGGACGGCUCAGUCCUCUUCCGUUCUUCCUCCACACCCUCCUCUUCCUGCUCCGCUCGAGACAAUAUCUGCCCUUUCCCCUCUGGCUGUAAGCAGGCAGGGGCUCCCUGCCCGCCGCGGGGGGUCCUGCGCCGCCCCCCCGACACUGGGGGGGAUUUCAUCUCAGGGUGACGCAGAGCUCACGGGGAACCUUCACCUCAUCCCCAAAACAAGGCAGCGGUGGGACAUGGGUCCCUGCUGCCCCCUCCCCGGCUGCAGGGAGGUCUCCGGUGAAACCUCUUCUUGUUUUCAAGCAGAAAUUUUGGGGUGAGAUGAGCACGAAGCGGGUGUGAGCGGCCAGGAGAGCGCCCGGGGGGGCUCGGAGGGGGGCUGAGCCGAGGGGAGCAGGCUGCGGCGGUGGGAGCGAGGUUCACGGGAGGAGAGGGUGCUGAGCUCCCGUCCGCGCGGCCGGGGCACCGCAUCUCCCUCGCCGCCCCACCCGGGGGUCUGCCCUGGAGUUUUCUAGAAGCGUGUGAUUCCCCUGCCUGGGGACAACCAGGAGGCUGCUCCGCCCGGGGGGCUCCAGCGCAGCCGGGACCACCGGGGGGGGAGGUGGCAGCUGGCAGCGGGGGGCCAGGGUUGCUCAGGGGGGCUGGGAAGCCCCUUGGAAAGGAGUUCAACCUGCGCCCCCCCCCCCCCCCCGGGCCCCCCCCCAGACCCCCAGGGGCCCAAUUUUCUACCAGACUGCUCGGACGCUUCCCAUGGCAGGGUGGGCUCGCCGGAGCCGGGGGCUCCCCCCGAAUCCGAACCAGGACCCCCCGGGGCUGAUCCAUCACGGCAAACCCCAGCCAAACUGUGAAGCGUGAAGGUGUUUUUACCUUGUGGUUGGUUUGUUUUUUUUUUUUAAUAGAAGAAGCUCUGCAGGGAGGGAGGCGGCGAGCCUGGCAAUUCCUCCGGCCGAUCUUUCCGCGCUCUCUCUCUCUCGAUAUAUAUUUUUGCAUUUGUAUAUUUUUAUAUAGGAAACUUUAAGCAUUUGUAUUUUAAUAAUCUGUGAAGCACUAUGAGUUCCCCAGCGCGUCGUGUCCGUCUCCUCCCCUCCUCAAUACUGGAAGCUACAGAGAAUUGGUAGAAAAUAGGAUAUUUUUUUUUUUUAUUUAAUUGUUGAUAAUUUCUUUUGGGUUUGGUUUUGGUUUUUUUUUCCCCUCACCCCCGUUAACGUGGGGGUCCCCGAGACCCCCCCAAGCCCCCUGCGCUCACCGGCUCUGCUCCGUCCCAGCCCACCCUGUGCCGAGCGGGAGUCAAGUGCCAAACCCCGAUCCCGAGACCCCCGCCGAGGGGACGGGCUCUGCGUGGGGUUUUGGGGUGUCCCGUGCUGUGUGUCCCCCCCGGUGAUUUCCCUGUUGUCCCUGAUGGAGCUUAAUUUUCCUAUGGGAAACGCAGCUGGGAGGGAGGGGGAGCCCUUGGCGGGGUCCCCCCGGGGUGGGCUGCGCACAGAGCCUGGGGUCUUCACCCCCCUCUCUGUUUUGGGGGGUCAGAAGAUCGGGGGGUGGGGGGUAGGGGGGAGCAGCUGGACCACCCAAUCCAUCCCCAUUUUGGCUCUGCAGCUUCGGGCCCCUCCCCUGCUCUGUGCACCCCAACCCCCCUCCCCAAAUUCUCCCAGCAGCCCCCCAGAACACCUCCAGCCAUUCCCGGGCUGGGGGGGCGGACAACGAAAACGUGCCUUGACGAGGGGGUGACAGGCUGGGGACAAGCCCCUGCUCCGUCCCCACCUCCCCCAGACUUUUAUAGGUGUUGGGGGGGCAGGGGGGAGAAACUGGGGGGGGCCGGGGCCAUCCCCAAGGCUUCCCCCAUCUCCCAGCUUUAAUCCACCGUUGUCACCCGUUAAUCUCGGGGGGCUGGGGCCAGUUGUCUAUGCAGCGCGGGGGGGGGGGGGGCGGGGGGUCCCGCAGGAUCUGGCCCCUCCACACCGGCAAUAAUUUCUCUCUCCUUGUCAAGACUGUUUGAUCUUGUCAUGUCUGUGCUAUAUAUAAUUUUUUUUGGGGGGGGGUGGGGGGUGGGGGGUUAUUUUUUUUUUUUUUAAAUCUGGUGGCUGAUGUAAUAGCAUUCAAAACGUGUUUUUGGGGGGUUUGUUCAGGUUUGUUCUCCCCCCCCCCCCCCCCCCCCCCCCCCCCCCGAAGUGCUAUUUUUUUGUACAAAAGAGUUAGAUUAAAAUGUUAGUUUUUUGGGGGCUCCUUUGUAAAUGGGGAAUGAACGAUUUCUUUUUGUAAUAAACACGAGUCGCUGGCAUUGUCUGGA